GUCUCCAUUCAGCGCUUACACAGUAUGGCCGGCGAUAUUAGCUAGCGCUCGCUAACGGUAUUCUCUGCUAAAGGGAAGACGGUAACUCAAGCAAAUCAACUCCUGGAUUGUUUAAAGGACUGAACCUCACUAAAUAAUAACAGGUCGAGGAAGGAGUAAUUAAGCUGUAAACGUUAUAAACGACGUUGUAAUAUUUUUGGUUGUUGGGUGUCUGUUGUCUCACGAUGGAAGAUAACGGUGCACAUUUCUUCGAGGGGACCGAGAAGCUGUUGGAGGUGUGGUUCUCUCGGCAGGAUGAGACCAAAGGAAACGGAGACCUCCGUACCAUCCCAAGGUUUGAGUGGGACAAACUUUUGGAAAAUGUGCAUUGUUUGAUAAUAAGUGUGACAAAGACCGACAAGCAGGAAGCUUAUAUACUCAGUGAGAGUAGCAUGUUUGUCUCCAAGAGACGUUUCAUUUUGAAGACAUGCGGAACCACCCUCUUGUUGCAAGCACUGGUGCCUCUGCUGGAACUCGCCAGGGAGUACUGCGGCUUCGACACCAUUGAGAAUUUCUUCUACUCCCGUAAGAACUUCAUGAAACCAGCCCAUCAAGAGUUCCCUCAUCGAAACUUCCAGGAAGAAGUGGACUUCCUCAGCCAGAUUUUUCCCAAUGGUGCAGCCUACUGUAUGGGACGUUUGAACUCUGACUGCUGGUACCUGUUUACUCUGGAUAUGCCAGAGUACUGGGAGAACAAGUAUGCUGAUCAGACGCUGGAAGUUCUGAUGAGCGACCUUGAUCCAGCCAUCAUGGACCAGUUCUACAUGAAAGACGGUGUUUCCGCAAGUGAGGUCACUCGUAUGAGUGGAAUUCGUGACCUGAUACCAGGUUCUGUGAUUGAUGCCACAAUGUUCAACCCUUGUGGAUACUCGAUGAACGGGAUGAAGACUGACGGAACCUACUGGACCAUCCACAUCACCCCAGAGCCAGAGUUCUCCUAUGUCAGCUUUGAAACAAACCUCUCCCAGACAUCAUACGAUGAACUGAUCAGGAAGGUUGUGGAGGUGUUCAAGCCAGGAAAAUUUGUGACUACACUCUUUGUCAAUCAGAGCUCCAAAUGUCGCAGUGUCUUUUCUACUCCCCCAAAAAUGGAGGGCUACAAGCGCCUCGACCGCCAGUUGGCUCAGUUCAACGAUUACAAUUUUGUCUUCACAAGCUACACCAAGAAUCGCCAGCAGAACCAGCAGCAGAGCUGAGGGUCGAGGAUGAAGAGGCGCAAAAAACGUGGCGCCUCGGCGCUCCCACGUUGCGAUGCGCUUCACCACCCAGUAGCGAGCUUGUCGUCAUCGUCUCUCCUGUCCC